AUGAGCUACACGCUGGAGCCCCUGAGCAACCCGUCGUACCGGCGGGUGGCCGAGAGCCGGACCGCCUUCAGCCGGGCCAGCGUGUCGCCGUCGAGCGGCUUCCGCUCGCAGUCCUGGUCGCGGGGCUCGCCCAGCACGGUCUCCUCGUCCUACAAGCGCAACCUGGGCGCGCCGCGGGCCUCGUACGGCUCGACGGUGCUGAGCUCCUCGGAGAGCCUGGAGCUGAGCCAGUCGUCCCUCUUCAACGGCGGCGGCGGCGGCGGCGCGGAUCUGAAGUUGAGCCGCUCCAACGAGAAGGAGCAGCUGCAGGGCCUGAACGACCGCUUCGCCGGCUACAUCGAGAAGGUGCACUCGCUGGAGCAGCAGAACAAGGAGCUGGAGAGCGAGAUCGCGGCGCUGCGGCAGAAGCAGGCGGGCCGCUCGCUGCUGGGCGACGCCUUCGAGCAGGAGCUGCGGGAGCUGCGCGGCGCCCUCGAGCAGGUCAGCCACGAGAAGGCGGCGCUGCAGCUCGACUCCGAGCACCUCGAGGAGGACAUCCAGCGCCUCAAGGAGCGCUUCGAGGACGAGGCGCGCCUGCGCGAGGACACCGAGGCCAUCAUCCGCGCCCUGCGCAAAGACGUCGAGGAGGCCUCGCUGGUCAAGGUCGAGCUGGACAAGAAGGUGCAGUCGCUGCAGGACGAGGUGGCCUUCCUGCGCGGCAACCAUGACGAGGAGGUGGCCGAGCUGCUGGCCCAGAUCCAGGCCUCGCAUGUCACCGUCGAGCGCAAGGACUACCUGAAGACCGACCUGACGGCCGCCCUCAAGGAGAUCCGCUCCCAGCUCGAGUGCCACUCCGACCAGAACAUGGUCCAGGCCGAGGAGUGGUUCAAGUGCCGCUACGCCAAGCUCACCGAGGCCGCGGAGCAGAACAAGGAGGCCAUCCGCUCGGCCAAGGAGGAGAUCUCCGAGUACAGGCGCCAGCUGCAGGCCAAGAGCAUCGAGCUCGAGUCCGUCCGCGGCACCAAGGAGUCCCUCGACCGCCAGCUGAACGACAUCGAGGAGCGCCACAACCACGACCUCUCCACCUACCAGGACACGAUUCAGCAGCUGGAAAAUGAACUGAGAGGUACAAAAUGGGAAAUGGCGCGUCAUUUGAGGGAAUAUCAAGACCUCCUCAAUGUCAAGAUGGCCCUUGAUAUUGAGAUUGCCGCAUACAGGAAACUUCUUGAGGGUGAAGAGACAAGAUUCAGUGCCUUCUCUGGAAGCAUCACUGGGCCAAUGUUUACACACAGGCAACCCUCCGUAACAAUAUCAAGUACCAAAAUACAGAAAUCAAAAGUUGAAGCUCCAAAACUAAAGGUCCAGCACAAGUUUGUAGAAGAAAUAAUAGAAGAGACAAAAGUAGAGGAUGAGAAAUCUGAACUGGAUGAGGCCUUGGCAGCGAUGGCUGAAGAACUGGCUGCUGGAGCAACAUCAGAAGAACAGAAGGAGGAAGAGGGAGAAGCUGUGGAAGAAGAAAUAAUAGCUGAGGCCAAAGCUGAAGUUGAAGCAGCUGCCCCAGAAGCAGAGGAAGAAGAAGAGGAGGGGGGUGAGGAAGAAGAGGAUGCAAAAUCUGAUGAGGCAGAAGAAGGAGGAUCUGAAAAAGAAGAGGAAAAGAGUGAAAAGGAAGAGGGUGAGGAAGAAGGAGAAGAGGAGGCAGGUGAAGGAGAAGCAGAGGAAGCUGAAGCAGAGACCAAGGAAGAACAGGAAUCUGAAGAGAAGACUGAAGCUGAAGAAGAGGUGGAGGAAGCCAUCGCACCCCAGAAAGUAGAAAAGGUGAAAACAUCUCCACCAAAAUCUCCACCAAAAUCUCCUGCAGCAGAAGUGGCAGAGGAGAAGGAAGAAGCUGAAGAUCAGAAGGAAGAGGAGCAGGAAGGUGGAGAGCAGGAAGCUGAAGAAGAGGACAAAUCAGGGUCUCCAGCAAAGGAAGGUUCUCCUGAGAAAGCUGGAUCCCCAGAGAAAGGUUCUCCAGAGAAAGCUGGAACCCCAGAAAAAGGUUCUCCAGAAAAACCUGGAACCCCAGACAAAGCUGGAACCCCAGAAAAAGGUUCUCCAGACAAAGCUGGAACCCCAGACAAAGCUGGCACUCCAGAGAAGGCAGGGACUCCAGAUAAAGCUUCUCCAGAAAAGGCAGGGACUCCAGAGAAGGCAGGGACUCCAGAUAAAGCUUCUCCAGAGAAGGCAGGGACUCCAGAGAAAGCUGGCACUCCAGAGAAAGCUGGCACUCCGGAAAAGGCAAGUACACCAGAUAAAGCAGCAUCCCCAGAAAAAGCAGGGACCCCAGUGAAAGAAGAAGUAGAAGAAACCAUCCCAAUUUCUAAGGCAGCAAAAGUUGGUACAGAGAAAGAAUCUAAAGACGAGAUGAAAGAAAAAAGUGAGAAGGCAUCAAAGGAGUCCACAAAAGAAGACAUAGCUGUAAAUGGAGAGGUGGAUGAGAAAGAGGAGGAGGAAGGCUCCAAGGCCAAGCAUGUGGAGGAGGAAGACAAAGGUGUUGUCACCAAUGGCUUGGACAUCAGCCCAUCUGAAGAAGAGAAGAAGGGGAAGAGUGAGGAGAAAGUUGUGGUAACCAAAAAAGUUGAGAAAAUUACCAGUGAAGGGGAUGACGGGACAACCACAUACAUCACGAAGUCAGUGACAGUCACCCAGAAGGUGGAAGAGCACGAGGAAAUGCUUGCUGAGAAAUUGGUAUCCACCAAGAAGGUAGAGAAGGUCACUUCACAUGCCGUAGUGAAAGAAGUUAAAGAGAGUGACUAG